AUGUCACGCCACUUGCUCUCAUCAACAAUCGCCCGGCGGUUAUCCCAAUCUCAGGGUUGCCGCCUCUUCUCAACUUCCCGACCGGCUUUGCGCAUCUCCGGCCUCUCCGCAUUCUCCGACGGCGAAGUCGUUUCUCGCCGUCCAGGCACUGUCGCAUGUGCUCCUCUCAACCGCUCAGCCCCUCAAUUCUCAACUUCUCGCUAUAUUCGCCAAAAUCGUGCGUGUUUUUCCUCCUCGUCUGUCCGCCCGGCCACCAAGGUGACGCAAAAUCCGAGAACCGGAGAUGAUGGAGAGUCCCUCAUGAUGGCUAUUUCGCCACGGGCUAUCGAGCGUCUCCGUGAGAUCACAGACCCAUCUUCCUCCCCCUCUACCAUGAAAGAAGAGAACCCCUACCACCACCUCCGGAUCACAGUCACCAGCGGUGGAUGCCAUGGUUUCCAAUAUAUGAUGUCCCUAGAAGGUGCUUCCAAAAUCGACCCGGAAGAGGAUACCAUCUUUGAAGGUGAACCAGAGGCAUCGGAGGCUGCGUCGGAAUCAGCAGGCGAGGCCUUGAUUGUUAUGGACGAACCUUCACUUGAAUUGCUGCACGGCAGCACCGUGGAUUACACUACGGAGUUGAUCGGAAGCCAGUUCAAGAUCGUGGACAAUCCUCGCGCAACAAGCAAUUGCGGUUGCGGGACGAGUUUCGAUGUCAGCGACUGA